AUGAGUUCAAAACAAAGUGAAAAAAGACAAAAGGAACGAAAGGCCAUUUUAUCUGGAAAAAUAAAGAUUCCAAAAUUACCAGAUCUCGGAGCUUUUCGCAUAAUACAUGGCCUUGGCGUUCAAAUAGUCUCUGUAACGAUGUCAGGUUUUACUGGAGUCUACUUGGAAAGGUUGCUGAAACGAAGAAGUAAAGUGUCAAUUUGGCUUCGAAAUGUUCAACUCGCAUUUCUGUCAAUCGUUGUUGGUGUUAUCACAUUACCUAUAACGGAAUCUAUGUCUGAUCAUGGAUGGAAACCGUUCGAUCGUUAUACUUAUAUAAGAGUAUUUCUUACCUCAAUAAUGGGUUUGUCAAUUGGUGUUGCAAUCAAAUUUGGCAGUACGCUAUUGAAAGCGUUUGUAGGCUCAGUGGCUAAUGUAUUUUACGGUUUUAUCUCAAUUAUGAUAUUCGGUAUCACCCCAGGACUUUCGUUUUAUGUUGGAGCAUCACUUUCGCUAAUAGCUCCAGUAAUCUUUACUCUAUUUCCGUACGAAGAAGAAAAAGUGUAUAAAGAACCAGAAACUAAGUCAGCUAUAGAUGAAUUAGAUCAGUAUUAUUCGUAUUAA